UCCAACAUUCUACAUUACAUUUCUACAAGUUACAACUGAGAAAUGUUCAAGCGUGAGUUGUGUACAACUAGUUUGAUUUUUUUCGUAUUGUGUACAUGAUCUAGAUUGUUAUUUGUCAAAAAUUCAAAAUGAAUGAUUCAAUUUGUCCAGCUUGGAGUGACGACGUGGAUCCAGCGCACACCAUUUCUCUUUCAUCAUUGAAUAUAACAUCUGGUGUUGAUAUUCCUAAACAAGUCAAUCAAGUAGAAAACGUUCAUGAGGUUUGUCUACCGCCUGAAUUGAUGGAAAAAAUUGUUUGUUAUUUUGAUUGUGAUACUUUGUUUAAAUUUAAACAGUUGUCAAAGACAUGUCAUGAUAUUACUAAUAAUGCACUUCGUUUUAAUAAACAAUGGAAAAAAAUUUGCCAUCUUGAAAUACCAAAGAAAUAUUUAAUUGAUCUGUUCACUAAACAGCUUGAUAACAAGAUUCCAUUUGAUUUGCUUUCAGACAAUCAUUAUGAAACCGCAUAUAAAAAUUGGCUUUAUUGGCAAAAUCCUGUUUUUAAAUUAUCCCUUAUAGGACAACACGAUUUUUUGGGUCAUGAUGGAACAGUUAAAAUUAUUUGUCAUAAAAAUAAUGUCAUGAUUGUAUUUUCAAAUUUUAUGUAUUUAUUUUCAAUUACAAAAAACCAGAACACAGGAAACUAUGAUCUUAUAAAUAUUGAUAUGGAAGCUUGCAAAAUAAACACACUUGUAGUGUUAAAUCCUAGACCUGAAACAAAUCAAGAAACUGGGGAAGAUAAUAUUUUCAUCGAUUGCCACGAAAAUCAUUCAAACGUGUGCCCUUUGCAUAAUACAAAAAAAGGAGAGCAUGAUGGAAAGAAAAAAAAAUAUACUGGAAAUCUUGUUGAUGUUGACAUGAACUUUUAUACAAAUACAUGCUGUUGGGUCCGAGAAACAUGGUACGAAUGGCAUUCAAAUAUUGAUUCAAAAAUUACCAAAGGCCACUUCUGCCCUCAUUUAAGUUGCAUUUUGUUUACAUCAGUAGUUCAUGGGUUGAUAAUCAGUCGUAAUCAGAUUAAUAGCAUUUUAAUUCACGGCAUUCAUAAGGAUUCAUGUAUAAUGGUUCGUUCAUGGCUAAAGAAAAAACAUGCUGGAGCUUCUGCAGUAUACUUGUAUACAAACAUUUUGUUUAUUGGAACUAUUAAUGGUUUUUUAUUGGCAUAUCGUUUGCACUGUAUGGAUGAUUUAAUUAGUCUAAAAGAUAAGAAUAUAUUAUUUGAAAAACAAUUGGAAAUUGGCCUAAUAACUAUGUUUGACAUCAUGGAUUUUGAAGAUGUUAAAGCGAUAGUAGUUGCAUCAGAAAAUACUGUUCUUUGGAUUAAAAUUAAUUAGAAUUUAUAAUAUGUGUUCUUAACUUUUUUUAGUCUGUGUGUUUAUUCUUAAGAAAAUCUUUAAUUAGAAAGGUAUUAAGGUUUAAUUCUACACUUAAAAUCAAAAAAUUUUCUUUUUCAUAUUAAAYRACAAUUUA